UCAAACAUAAAGCACCUUUGCGAGCUCCCGAGGGGCAUCACACGCAAGCGAGGAGCGCGCUCAACUCUGUCGCCAUGUCCAGAUCCUUCUACGUGGAUUCGCUCAUCGUCAAGGACGCCCGACCGGCCGAACACCCGGCGGCGGCGGCCCACGACUUCCUGCUGCCCAUCAGCGUGCACACGCCGGGCGUGGUGCCGGCGUGCCCGUCCAGGAAGAGCGGCGCGUUCUGCGUGUGCCCGCUGUGCGUCAGCACGCACCUGCACUCCAACUCCAGGCCGGCCCUGAAAGGCCACUUCGCCACGGGCUCCGAGGCGGCGCAGUACUGCCACCGGCUCGCCCACCACCAGCACCAGAGUGCCGCCUUGGCGCACCCGGGACAUGCACCUGUUUGCACGGCGUCCGUUUUCACAGACCCGCGGAGAUACCACUGCAUCUCCAUGGGCGCCUCGGAGAGCAGCCACAUCCAGAACGGCAAGCGCAUGCGCACGGCCUUCACCAGCACGCAACUGCUGGAGCUGGAGCGCGAGUUCUCCAGCAACAUGUACCUGUCCCGCCUGCGCCGCAUCGAGAUCGCCACCUACCUGAGCCUGUCCGAGAAGCAGGUGAAGAUCUGGUUCCAGAACCGCCGCGUCAAGCACAAGAAGGAGGGCAAGGCGGCGCAGAGGAGUUCCCACGCCGCCGGCGGCGGCGGCGGCGGGUGCAAGUGCUCGGGCGCGCACUACCCUCGCUCAGAGGACGAGGAAUCGCUCUCUCCCGUCUCGGCUUCGGAGGAGAAGGACGGCGCGCUGGUCAUCAUGUGACUACCGCCGGUUUGGACCGAGUGACCUCCCUCCACCUGCAUGAAAACUGUUGACGAGGAAAACUUUAUUGAUAAUGUGAAUGCACGUUUUUGACCAAAAUGAAUUUAUAGGACUUGUCGUGCAUCCCUUAUAACAGGGGUUCUCAAACUGGGGUCCACGGGCCGUAACUUGGGGCUCCGCAUAAUUCUUUGGGCGUAGUCGUAUUGUUUGAUAAAAGUGUGUGCUUACAUACCGUAUGGCGCCAACUAAACAAACAGUAGAAACCAAUUACUCCUGCCUACCGAUUGUGACAUGUCACAAAAAUCUGACAGUCCUAACUAAAUAAGUAAGAAAAAAUACAUUUGAACAAAAUGUGUAUCAUUACAGGACAUUUUCCUUUUUUUUUUUUAUAACGCCAUAUUUUUCCCAAGAAUUGAGUGUUAGGCAAAAAUCUGUGCAUAAGUGACGAGCCCCUAAUAAGUUUCGAUAAGUUUUACAGAGGCCACGAGAUACCUCAACUCACUUCCCGGGCACCGAAAUUCCAAAAGAUGGCGGCAAAGCACUACUUGUGUCUAAAGGAAACUCCUCAAUUCACUUCGACAUCCUUCCUUUGGCUCCCUGGCACCAAAGUAAUACUUCCAUGUCACAGAGGAGAGGUGAGAUUUCAGCAAAUAACGGAAAAUAGGUUUCACAAAAGAAUUGACAAAAUCGCUGAAUUUGCAAAUCCCGAACCCCGACUAUGCGGAGGUUCACUGUAUAGCCCUAUUUUUAUUGUUUUACUUUUGAUAAUAGAGGUGUCUCUUCCAUACUUAAAGGUGUAACAUUCUGAGAAUAAAGUCGUCGUGUUUUUAAAAGUCUAAAGAUUGUGACUUUUCAUCCCGACAAAAUACCUUUUUGUUCUUGUUUUUGUAACAUUGCAACUUUUGAAUUCCUCUGGCAUGUAAGGGCGCACGUGGCGGUGAUGGAUUAUGAGGUUCCCUUGAAAAAGAUUUCUCCCCAGUAAGAGGAAGAGGAAGAGGUCCCUGGACCCAGAACGUUUGAGAACUCUUGUCCCAUACAGUCUGGAAGUCCUCCGCUGUGGACCCUUCACUGUGAGUGUGCGUGCGUGUUGAUGAAAAGGUCUUAGAAGCAAUAUAUAAAAAAGAAAACAAAAUAGCAUAUAGGACAACCUGUGUGUGGAACCCGUAAGCAACAUGUGUUUGCAAGCUAUGUGUACAUGAUGUCUAUUUAUUGCAAUAAACAAUUUCAUUUGAAUUUGUCCAUUUUUUUUUGCCACCCAGACAGUGUGCAUUUGUGCGACCGAGUCGUAGAAACACACGUAUGGCACACUUCGUUAAGUACGCCAGCACAAUGACAAUGAGACCCAAAUAUAAGGCCUUUGCAAACAAUGUGUGUGUUUUUUUUUUUAAAUUAUUAUUUAUUGACAGUGUUGGUUGUAGAAUAUGAUUACAGUAUUUCUAAAUAUCGAAACAAAAACCCCAUUGUCCCAACCAAAUUCUCAGUGUCAACCUCGAACCUUAAGCACUUUUCACGGCGUCCACCAUAUUUUUUUUUUUUAGAUUCUUACGUACAUUUUUACAGUCUGAGUCUAUACAGUGCUGUGCACAAAAAAAGGUUUCAAUGUAUCCAUUUUACACACAUAU